AUGGAAUUGGAUGGUAAGAAUACUGUAAGGCCAAAUCACCAGAGUAGUGAUAAACACAGUGGGAAUUUGGGACUGAUGGCGCUAGAAGAAAGUAGUGAAGGCACAAGUACAGAGUAUAUCCCCGGUGAUGAUGGCAUGAUCGAAAAUUUAGAAGAGCUAGGAGAGGAAAUCCAAAUCAGCCCAAUAUGGAGUAACUCAUAUGACACAACCGAAACCGCCACGAUUGAUAAUGAAAAACCGUCAUUAGUGCCUAAUGAUUCACGUUUUAAUACAGUUGAUUUUGUACUACAAAGUUUAAAUGGCGCAUUAAACUCUAUUGAAUACGACAAGGCCCUGGUAAUUCAAUCUAAAAUGGCUGGAAAUCUGAAUAGCACUACUAAUGACGUCUUGAGGAAGAUCGAGAGGCUACAAGAAGCCCUAGAAGAGCAUAUCGUCAAAUACAGACGACUCAAGGAAGUAAUAAUACCCCAGAUUGAUCGCAAUCUUCAGGAAGCGACGAAAAUCACCAAGAGGCUUACUAGACAUGUAAAGGAAAUAUACCCAGUUGAAUAUUCCAAAGGCCGUUCGAAAGUACUUGAAAAUCUUACAGAAGACGAAGAAGGCUUGUUUUUGUAA